AAGUAGAAAUAUAAGGAACUAAUGUGCUUUCUAAUAAAAAUGCGUGAAUUUGUGGCAUUGCCGGCUCUUCUUGAACAAAAAUCCGUUUUUCUGAUUUUCUGCCCGGUGCCUUUGACUCCGCGGAAGCGGCUGACUCAAAAAAGUGUUGUUUAAAAUCAAGAUUUCCCGAGUUUUGGGGGUGAAGUUCGUCGCUGCUGUAUUUUGAGCGACAUAAGGGAUGGAAACACCACGGUAGACCAGUCAACAGGAAAACUGCAUCAAGAAUCAAGGGCAAGAAGCCGGUGCCGGGCGGUGCCGGGCCGAUUGCUCUGCUUGCAACUCCCGCCCCGCGAUUCGGCUGUGGUUUCCGACGUCGCCCAAAUAUUUGGAUCCCCCACGACUACCGCGACCUCUGUAUGUAAAUCAUUGAAAGAUGGCGACAUGAAAGUAGCGUGUGUUUGGGCACUCGAGUGUAAAUUAGUAAUUUGUUUUGAUAAAUGUAGGGUUAAUUAUAUUUCUAGUAGUAUGUUGCUCUUUGGAAGAAGUAUUGGAUCGUGACCCGCACCGUGCUCUGUGGAACCUCUUCCCCCAGUCUCAGGAGCUGCGGGACUUAGCAGUUUGGGUUAAAAUAGUCGCAAAAGCUGUGGAUUUGCGUCGGAAUUUGGCGUGAAAAUGCUGAAGACAAAGCACUUCUUUGAUGUGAGGAGAAGAGUGUGAACUAGUUGUACCCAAGCAAAGGCAUGGUAAAGUGAAAGGACAUGAGCCAAAACAUUGCAGGGAUGGCACCCCUCGUCAGUAUGGCUCGAGGCAGAGCUCCAUAUCAGUACCCUGGGGUUGAGGCGCCCCAUCGGGGUCCUUUGUACCCAGACAGCAAAGGCAUUUGCAACCCUUUUGGAAACAUGCCGAUGGGUGCAAUGAGUAUGGAUCUUAAACCACCACUUGGUAGUGGGCUUGGUGGCCCCAUGGAGCCAGCUCCUCCACCACCAACAACCAAUGCCAAAAAGAGGAGAAGGACGUCCAGUGCUGCAAAUGCUCAACCACCCCCGCAGCCUCCACCAACACAGGUGCAAGACCUUCUACCUCCUCCUCUCUCUGGCUAUGGAGAUACCAUUAUUGCAUCCAACCCGUUCGAUGACACUCCUCCGUCAUCGGGCAUGGCGAUGAUGCACCACAUGAAUCACCACCCUCACCACCCGCACCACAUGGGUGCCAUGAGUCCAAUGGGCAGUCCGAUGGGAAGCCCAGGCAUGGGUGGGCUCAACUCGGCCCCCAUGGGUCCUGGUCCAAGUAGGAUGAUGGGACCUGGGCCAAGAAUGAGUGGGCCUGUUGGACCGGGAGGUAUGAUGGCAUCACCCAACAUGCCGGGUCCCAUGGGAGGUCCUGGCAUGGGGCCCAUGGGCCCUAUGGGAAUGAACAACUCCCCAAUGAACUCAGGUCCCAUGAAUUCUCCCCUUGGAAAUUCUGGCAUGAACACAAGCCCUUUAGGAAUGAAUUCGAUGGGUGGCCCACCCAUGAACAGUUGUCCACCGAUGGGCAGCCCUAUGGCUGGAAGUCCCAUGAGCAGUGGAGGUGGUGUAAAUAGUGGACCGCUGAGCAGUCCCAUGAAUAGUUGUCCACCUAUGGGUAGUCCAGGAAUGGGAGCCCAAAUUGGUGGCCCUGGCGGAAGUCCAAUGAACAGGCAUCUGACUAGCCCUAUGGCGCAUAUUAGCCCCAUGGGAAACCAAGGAAUGAACAGCGGUCCUCCCAUCGGGAGUCCAUUGGGCCACAUGAAUUCGGGGCGAAUGGGGAGUCCCAUGAACAACAUGAAUAAUGGCCCUAUGGGUUCAGGCCCGUCCAUGGGUUCGGGCCCGUCCAUGGGUCCUAACCCUUCCAUGAACAACGGCCCCAGUAACAACUGCGGACCUGGAAUGAUGAUGUCGAUGGGUCACCACCACGGUCCACCUCAUGGUCCUCCGCACGGUCCACCUCACGGCGGUCCUCACGGUCCACCCCAUGGUCCGCCACAUGGCCCCCACGGUCCUCCCCAUGGUCCUCCUCACGGUCCUCCCCAUGGUCCUCCUCACGGUCCUCCCCAUGGUCCUCCCCAUGGACCUCCUCACGGACCACCUCACGGACCCCCUCAUGGACCACCCCACGGACCACCCCAUGGACCACCUCAUGGACCACCACACGGGCCACCGCAUGGUCCCCUCCACGGUGGACCUCCGCAUGGCCCUCAAGGCAUGCAGCACUGCCCACCGCACAUGGGCUCCAUGGGUCACUUGCAUCACAUGGGAAUGGCUCAUGGUUUCCCUGGGCCCAAACCUAUGCCCGUGUCUGCUGGAAAGGUGUAUCCUCCAGACCAACCUAUGGUGUUCAAUCCUCAAAACCCUAAUGCACCUCCAAUUUAUCCUUGCGGAAUUUGCCAUAAGGAAGUUCAUGAUAAUGACCAAGCCAUUCUUUGUGAAUCUGGAUGUAAUUUCUGGUUCCAUCGGGUGUGUACGGGUAUAACAGAGGCUGCUUAUCAACUUCUGACCGCUGAGGUGUAUGCAGAAUGGGUCUGUGACAAGUGCUUAGCAUCCAAAAACAUACCCUUGGUUAAAUUUAAGCCAUAACCUUCAAUUGUAGUUAACUCAAAGAGCCUACUGCUUUCAUGACUGCCUCUUUAUAUGUAUAAUUAAGAAGAAUCAAAGGAGGGAUGGGUGUUGUGUUUUUCCAUAUGUUGUUUAUGUUGUGUCCAAAAGGAAUGCAGUAGGGGUUUUUAUGUUUUGAGGAAGAUUGUUUGUUGCUGCAAAGAACACUUCUUCUUGUCUCCUUGUGAGAGAGUCAAAACAAGGAAAUGUCAGCGGUUUUGGGCCAUUUAGACCUCUGUUUUCUAUGUGUAAUUCAGCUCCCUGUAAGUUAAACAACAUUCAAAUCAGUUUGUUAUGGCCUUCCUAGUUGUUAAUCUCUUGGCAUCAAAAGACCCUGCCCAUGGCUCAACACUUUGUAAAUACAGUAUAAAACUAGGAUGUACCUUUUUUUAGUGCUUUUAAAUAAAACUUGGAAAGACAACCUUGUUGUGGCAAUUGAUAUAAAUUAUCUGCAAAGGCAAUAAAUGUGUGCCGUCAAGCCAUGAUUACCUGUAUGUUCUGUCUCUAGCUACCGUCUGCCACUCCUUACUCUUGUACAGUAAGUAUAGAAAUUAUAAUAGUAUGUGAAUUGUGAUGAUUGUCAUAGGUUGUGCCAGUAGCUGUGGCUUGACUUGCACACAUGUUCUUAUGGCCAUGCUUAGAGCAGGCCAGUGUGAUAAAUGCCCUCCAGAUUGAAAGUGUCAAAGGUUGUGUUUUCUCUUGUGAAAUUCUCAGGUUAAUCAGUCUGUGUUGUGAUCUGAUGAAUCAUUGUGCGAAGAAGCUACUUGCUAUGAGGUGGCGCCUUGUUUUAAUGCUACUUAACAAUUUUAUGUGAUUUUCUGUAGUUUCCUUUUUUAAAAAAAAAUGACUGUUCUCAUUAAUGCUAGAAUCAAAUCAGUUAUCUAGAACAAAUGAAAUCUUUUGUUGUGAUUUUAUCUCUGAGUCUGAAGAUUUGUCACUAUUUAAUUGCCACAUAAAUUCUCAUUGAAAUCUUGUUUUUGUUGCCUGUUAGUUGAAGGUUUUCCAACUGUAUGCUUAGUUCAGAUCGCUUUGAACUGAGCUAGCUUUUGGCUAUGUUCUUAACUCCUUUGAUGAAGUAUUAAAAUGUGCUCUGUAAGUUAUUUGUUUAAGGUGCAAUGGUGUGUGGAUCAUGCAGCACGUGAUAAGUCAAGUUUCCAUUCUGUAUGCCCAUGAUUCUGUAUGACUCGGACCAGAUAGUAGAUUAAGUGCUGUCCGGUGUUGUUCCAUCCUGGUUUCUUACAGUAAAAAUUUAUUUGAUUUCUAUUGUUUGUUGCACAUUUCUAGGUUGAAGUGCUAAUGAAUUGUGUUAUUGAUAGACAAAAUGUUUCUUGCCUUUUUAGUCUCUCUUUCAAAUUGCCAUCUUGCCUUGUGGCACCCUGUGUGAUCAAAUGCGUAUUUAAUUUGUAUUAUUAAAUUUAUAUGUUAUUGGACGAAAAAAUUCCAAAUGCAGCAUGUCAUGGAACACAAUUGCAGAGGGUGUCCAUUUUUCUGUCAAAGCACAACCAUACACAGAAAGUUAGAUCUCACUGAUGUUGCUUUAAAAUUGAAGAAUACCGUUUAUACUUUAACUAUGUAAGUUUUUCUGUUCUAGUGCUGUUUUAUUGCACAACUCAGUGUUUUCCUAAAUUAUUGGGGCACUUCAUUUCUUUUUCGGACUUUUGAAUUGGAUUAUUCUCACCACGUGUUGCAUGCAAUUCUGCAUGCAUUGUGGAAUAAGUCAUGUAACAAACGAGACUGAACACUCGUAGAGUAACUUGUGUCCUCAUGCGUUAUUGGUUUAGUUUUUAUCUUAUUUUAUUAUUACCUUAUAAGUAACUAUUUCAACUCAUCUAUGUGGCAUUGCUGAUGCAAGACACUUACUUCUUAGGAAAAUACAUCUUUAAAGUGUACAAAUUCUUGCCUAAACAAAGAAUGAUCUAAAUUCGUGUAUUGUUUCUAAAGAAGUGUAGUUUUUCUUCUUUGUUUUUCUACUCAAGAGACAUCCAUUUCAGUCAUUCUUUAUUUGACUACAUGUGCAGCUACAAAAUCUGUUUUGUUGGUCCUCUGUCUGAAUUUUAUUCAUACCUUCAUGAACAUGGCAUAUUUAUAUUGAGCAUAGUACAAAGUACAAAGGCAAACUUUCUCAUCUUUUAUAGAAAGACUGCACAAGGGCAGCUGAGCUUUACAUUGUAAUGUGUACCAGUGCAAGAAUGUUUUGCUGUCAUCCCAGUGAAGCCUUGACUUGCUUACAUUAAUUUUUGAUUGUUGUUGCUUACACCUUCUGAAUGACAAAUAUUUUUAAUUUAAUCAACAGUUAGGAAUAUGUACAGUAACAUUUAUGCUCUCAUGCCUGUAAUUUGUUUUACUUAUGGUAUGGUGUAAUUUGUACAUAUACUACAACCUGUUGUUGCUGAAUAUCUUGAGAUUUUUGUGUAUUGACAUGGAUGUUGCUAUCACAAUCUUAAUACCUCUAGAAGUUUUUAUGACUUUACAGCGACCUGUCAGGUUUUGGUAAUGAUGUAUUGUAACCUUUUUUUUCUAACUUUUUUUUUGUUUUUCAAUAAACAAAUGAUUAUUACUUAUUAACAUCACUUGGUUUCUUGAGAAAAAAUAAACAUAAUUUUGUGCAUA